CUGAUGUUUCGUAAGAUGCAAGGCUUGAGCGAAUUUCCGGAGGACUCCGCUGCCAUUGGGGACGUCCUCUCCCACCUCACGGCCUCGGUGGAGCUGGACUUCGGGUCUCACCGCCCGAUUCACGUCAUCCUGUUGCCGAACCCUUCCCACCUGGAAGCCAUCAACCCCGUGGCGGUCGGCAAAACUCGAGGGAGGCAGCAAACGUUGUCGGAUGGGGAUUACUCCUUAGCCAGUUCGGCUCGGCCGGGAGAUAAAGUCAUUUGCCUGCAGAUCCCGGAAAAGCAUCCCGGAUACCUACGCGGAGGGCCUGGUGGCCGAGGGACUUACAACCGAGCAAGAAAUAGCGGAGAUAAAAGCUUCCUAUUACUCCAAGCUCAACGAGCAUCUCUCCACCAUGGCGAUGUACGCGCCUCCCUGCCCCAACCUCCAGGCCCACUGGAGCGGCCUGGUGGACCCCACGCCGAGGGUCACAACGUGGGACACAGGGGUCCCUCUGCCACUCCUCCAGUAUGUCGGAGUCAAGUCGGUGGAAGUGCCUGAAGAAUUACAACUCCACAACCACAUCCUGAAGACACACGCUCAGUCACGAGUGCUGAAGAUGGAGGAAGGAGUGAAGUUAGACUGGGCCACUGCUGAAGCAUUAGCCUUUGGUUCCCUACUGUGUCAAGGUUUCAACCUUCGUCUAAGCGGGCAAGACGUCGGCCGGGGAACGUUCAGCCAGAGACACGCCAUGUUGGUUUGUCAAGAGACGGGGGACACCUACAUCCCUUUGAACCACAUGUCUGCAGAUCAGAAGGGCUUCCUUGAGGUAAGCAACAGCCCCCUGUCGGAGGAAGCGGUGCUGGGCUUUGAGUACGGGAUGAGCAUCGACAGCCCCAACCUCCUGCCCAUUUGGGAGGCUCAGUUUGGGGAUUUCUUCAACGGGGCUCAGAUCAUCUUUGAUACCUUUAUCUCUGGAGGGGAGGCCAAGUGGCUCCUGCAGAGCGGACUCGUGGUCCUCCUUCCGCACGGUUACGAUGGCGCCGGACCGGAACAUUCUUCUUGCCGAGUCGAACGGUUCUUGCAGAUGUGCGAUAGCUCGGAGGAAGGGAUCGACGGCGACCACGUGAAUAUGUCCGUGGUCCACCCAACCACCCCGGCGCAGUAUUUCCACUUACUCCGGAGGCAGAUGGUUCGGAAUUUCCGGAAACCCCUCAUCGUGGUGUCGCCCAAAACUCUCCUUCGCUUACCUACUGCCGUCUCCAGCUUACUAGAAAUGGCCCCUGGAACCACCUUCAGACCCGUCCUUGGGGAUUCAACAGUGGAUCCUAAAAG